UACUAGAAGAGCUGUUGCGCCCACGACAGGACGGGUUGUAGUAGUCGAGCUUGCGACCUCUAAGGAUCUGCAGAAACGACAUCAUCAUUAUUUUAUAUCGAAGUUUCCACGUCUUUGGGUCCCUGUCGUGCAUCUAACCUGCAUCCCACGUUCGACGAGACGCCUCGCUGUUACGUACGAGAAUCGUGGGACCCCUGGUGAAAGGCUACACACGACUAACUCGACCACCAAUCCAUUACUUCACUUGGCGGACGAUUCUAAUCGCGGCACUCCCCUUCCGAUUCGGUGGCCAACCCGGGAAAAAGAGAACUAAGGGACUUACAGCGCAUUUUAGAGCCACGUUCCUUGCGGCCUGCCGCCCCGCUACACUUGCUUAAUUGCAGCAAUAGGGUGACGGCUGAUUACUGUUACUAACGAUUUCCGUUAAAAAGUCGGGUCCAGUCUCGAAUUCCAAGUUACGAUGAUGGUUCCGAGGUCCUUUUUCUACUCUCGCAAACAACCUAUAUCCCCUACCUCCGUACCGAACUCGACGUCUAAGGUGUCUACGCCUAAGCGGAAGGAUGAUCAAUUUACGAAGAGAGACGUCACUCCUAUCAAGCCUACCAAUAUUAAAACACCACCCAGGGACCUUAGUAUGGCUAAGAGGAAAGGUCUACAGUCGGAUAGACUAUCCCCGCCAAGCAACAGUCCGCCAAGUACCACCAUGACCAACGCUGUCGCGCGACCAAAUACUCCUUCUAGCGCCGUACAGAUCCCCAUAAAAUCGAAGCAGGAUGCUGCACAUGCGCAUAGAUCGCGACCUCAUGCGCAUGCGCCGCGAAAGCACUCUUCGAGGCGGCCUCGCGAUGCGCACUCUCCCGACGCCAUCCCUCCAUCGGUGGCGGCUUUGCUUGCUGUUACUAGCAUCCCUCCGCCUAACCGGCGUAUGAGGUCGCGGCAGCAGUCUAGGGACUCGUCUAGAGAUUCACGGAUGACCGUCGAUUCUAUCGUGACUCGAUCGCAGGUCUCCGAGAAGGCGCUGAGCCAGGAACUUAGCGAGGAAUUCGCUCGAGAUUUGAGUGAUGGAAGCAUCGCAUCUUAUGAUCGCAGCCCCAUGGAUGUAUUGCUCAGCCCGCCCGAUGAGCUUUACGAAGAUGGAGCAUCCAUAAACAGCGAUAGCGCAUUCACGUCAGCUCUCUCAACUCGCGCGGCAUCGUUCGAGAGCGUACCGUCCCUAGGCGACUCGUUUGGCACCAGUUUUGUUACCUCCAUCGACUCUCCUAUCACGCCGCGAGGAAGAAGGAUACGUCCGCCACGGCGUUCAUUGGAGCCAAUUUCUUCGCCACCUGGGAAGCACCCGGAACACCCGCUUUCUAUUAAGAGCACUGCGGAGAUCGACCAACUUGACUUUAGGGUAUUCGACUCAAAGUCAGGUCUCGCCGAGCAGAAGCAGGCUACGGGACUGGCACCUCUUAAAUCUGUCUUCAAAUCGAACCUGACAGCAUCGCUCCGCGCAUUGCGCUCAGCAGCUCGUUCUCUGUCUAGUUUUACUGCUUCGUCGAUCCCUCCCGAUGAUUUUCUCACCAGGUCUAUACUCACAAUCGAUCCUCGGGUCCCAUUCACUGAUGAGAGAAUGCCCCCCGUCAUGGAAGAGCCUAGCGAAGCAAUGCGUCGUUAUUUAAACCCAACGAGCAAUCUACGUCCCGAUUCGCGUGUCCGGUCUCCGACCCGUAGCUACACGGCUUCUAUUCAGAUGCAAACUUACAAAAUCCAGAGGUCGAGGAGUGCCCCUGCAUCCAGUCGCUCGGGUGGUCAAGCGGGCAAUUCUAAAUCACCAGCUGCCUACGUGUUUCCACCAGGUCCUCGACAGCGGGAGAUACGCGAGAAUUCAGACUUCAUUCGUAUUGCUGUAUUGGAACAUCUAAUGCGCAAGCGCGGCAAAUUGGACGACCAACGUGAAGGACAUGCGCGUUGGCUCUUACCGCCAAGGAAGUCUACAUCAAAACCUUAUGAGAUUGGACCUGACGGCAUUCCUGCUCGGUGGGUUGCUCUCUCACAGGACACCAUUUGAAUUUAGGGAAAGCGAUGGAUCUUCCAUUAGUUCACCCUCGGCCUCAUUACGAUCAACAAGACUGCAGAAUCUAUGACUGCAUUUGGAGGAGCCUAGUGAUGGCUGAGAAGCAAAAUUGGAUAUCCAGCAUUGUGGGUUAGUUAUGUCAUCCAACGAACGGCUCAAGGCUCGAAGCAGAGGAG